CGCAGGCGCAGUGCUUCCCCUGCAUCGCUCUGCAGCAUCAGUACCAGGGCGAUAAUCACCUUCAGCGGCCGCAGAACAGCAUCCCCUUACCCUUUUACCCACCAUCCCGAGAAAAUAAAAAAACAAGAGACCCACACACAGCCAGCGAGCGCCGGCCAGACCCUCACCGCCAGAGAACGACCUGCAGCCGAGCGUCUGUGACCAUGAAGGAUCGUACACAAGAACUCAGAAGCGCGAAAGACAGCGAUGACGAUGAGGAAGUGGUCCACGUGGACCGAGAUCAUUUUAUGGACGAAUUCUUUGAACAGGUGGAGGAGAUUCGAGGAUGCAUAGAGAAACUCUGUGAAGAUGUGGAACAGGUGAAAAAACAGCACAGUGCUAUCCUCGCAGCUCCCAACCCAGACGAGAAAACCAAACAAGAACUGGAGGAUCUAACUGCAGACAUCAAGAAGACUGCAAAUAAAGUGAGGUCUAAAUUAAAAGCGAUUGAACAGAGUAUCGAACAGGAAGAAGGGUUAAACAGAUCUUCUGCAGAUUUACGAAUUCGGAAGACGCAGCACUCCACUCUGUCUCGCAAGUUUGUGGAAGUCAUGACUGAAUACAACACCACACAGUCCAAGUACCGGGACCGUUGCAAGGACAGGAUCCAGAGACAGCUAGAGAUCACCGGGAGGACAACCACCAAUGAAGAGUUAGAAGACAUGCUGGAAAGUGGCAAGCUCGCUAUCUUCACUGAUGAU